AAAAAAAAUGUCCUUUCUUGCUGCAAAAAAUAAGGAGUAACCUCCUAUUACCUAUAAACAAGAAACCACCAAACUUCCUUUCUCCAAAAAAUUUAAAUCAAAUGUCUAUUGCAACUUCCUGUAAUCUCUUCCUCCUCUUCUUCUUCUUCUCCAUCAUUUCCAUCUCUUCUUUCACAGAUGGGACUGAACUCGUUAUAGUAAACAACUGCAAAGAAAGCAUAUGGCCAGGAAUUCUUGGCACUGCAGGCCAAGAAACACCAAGAGAUGGCGGUUUCCAACUCUCGGCCGGCGAACAGACAGUUAUUGGACUCCCUGAGCAAUGGUCAGGCAGAAUCUGGCCAAGACAAGGCUGUUGCUUUGAUGAAAACACAGGAAAAGGUUCAUGUCUGACCGGAGACUGUGCAGGCCUUUUACAAUGCAAAGGCAAUGGUGGUGUUCCUCCAACAUCUUUAGUAGAAAUGACAUUUGGGACUCCAAAUUCCGACUUACAUUUUUACGAUGUUAGUUUAGUUGAUGGGUUUAAUGUGCCUGUUUCUAUGGUGCCUAUAGGUGGUAGUGGUGGCGGAGGAUGUGGUGUCGCCGGCUGUGAGGUGGAUUUGAAUAUCUGUUGCCCUGAAAGAUUGGCUGUGAAGAGACAAGGAAAGGUGGUGGGUUGUAAAAGUGCAUGUUUGGCUGCUAAAACUGAUAGAUAUUGUUGUACAGGGGAAUAUGCAGAUCCUAAAAGUUGUAAACCUAGUAUUUUUGCUCAUCUUUUUAAGGCAAUAUGUCCUAGGGCUUAUAGUUUUGCAUAUGAUGAUGCUUCAGGGCUUAAGACUUGUAAGGCUCCUAGGUAUGUUAUUACCUUUUGUCCUCCUAAUGAUGGUGUCGUGAUAUAAUUAAGCACAAGGAGAGAAGCUUUCAAAAUGUAGUAGUAUUUUUGGUCUUUCAUAUUUCUAUUGUUUAGUAAUUUUGAAGUUUGCUAAUGAAAACUAAUUGUCAUCAAGUGUCAUCA